AUAUAUAAAGUUAUUAUUAUUAAUUUUAAAAUAUUUUAGAAAAUAAUUAAAUAUGUCGUCUCGUGGAUGGAAUUACAGCAAUAAAGUAGUUUUGGUUAGCGGUUCCAGUAGUGGUAUCGGUGCAGUCAUUGCAGUAGAGUUUGCCAGAGCAGGUGCUCAUGUAGUGAUUACCGGUAGAAAUGGUGAAAAUCUGACAAAAGUAGCCAAAGAGUGUCAACAGGUCUCACCUAAUGGUCAGACACCUCUAGUAGUGGUGGCCGACGUCAGCAAAGAGGAGGACUGUCGACGACUUGUUGCCGAAACUAUUACGACAUUUAAACAGUUAGAUGUUUUGGUCAAUAAUGCCGGGUAUGGUCUGAGAUGUCCUAUCAAUGAUCCACAGAUUCUCAGCAAAUAUGAUCAGCUAAUGAAUACUAAUCUGAAAGCAGUUAUCUAUUUGUGUCACUUAUGUGUCGAACAUUUGGAGAAAACUAAAGGCAAUAUAAUUAACAUUUCAAGCGUUGCCGGCAUUAAACCGUUUGGUUCAUCAUUUUUAUACUGUAUGUCCAAAGCAGCACUCGAUAUGUUUUCCCGAUGUUUGGCACUUGAGUUGGGACCUAAAGGCAUAAGAGUUAAUAUAGUAAAUCCGGCUGCUGUGCGGACAAAUUUUUUGCAAAUUGUUGGCCUAACCGAUGAAGAAGCAAAUAAAAGGUAUAAUGAAUUGGCGACAACUUAUCCCGUCAGACGAGUCGGUGAAUCCAUUGAUAUUGCAAACGCCGUACUAUUUUUGGCCUCAAACGAGGCCUCAUUUGUUACGGGAAUCAACUUUGUGUCCGACGGCGGAUCACUAAACGCUUCCAAAUAAUCUAAUUAAUAUCCUAU